UUUUUUUAACUCAAAUGGGUGAUGAAAAGGAUUCUUGGAAAGUGAAGACUUUAGAUGAAAUUCUUCAGGAAAAAAAACGAAGGAAGGAGCAAGAAGAGAAGGCAGAGAUAAAACAAAUGAAAAAUUCAGAUGACAGGGAUUCGAAGCGGGAUUCUCUUGAAGAGGGGGAGUUGAGAGACCAUCGCAUGGAAAUAACGAUCAGAAAUUCACCUUACAGGAGAGAAGACUCUAUGGAGGACAGAGGAGAAGAAGAUGACUCCUUGGCUAUAAAACCACCGCAGCAAAUGUCACGGAAAGAAAAAACCCAUCAUAGAAAAGAUGAGAAGAGGAAAGAGAAGCGUAGACAUCGUAGUCAUUCCGCAGAAGGGAAACAUGCCAGAGUGAAAGAGAAAGAACGGGAACAUGAGCGUAGGAAGAGACAUAGAGAAGAGCAGGAUAAAGCCCGUCGUGAAUGGGAAAGACAGAAACGGAGAGAAAUGGCAAGGGAGCAUUCCAGGAGGGAGAGAGAUCGUCUGGAGCAACUUGAGCGAGAACGAGAGAGAAAAAUCAGAGAGCAGCAAAAAGAACAAAGGGAGCAAAAGGAACGAGAAAGGCGGGCGGAGGAAAGACGUAAGGAACGGGAAGCCAGACGAGAAGUUUCUGCACACCAUAGAACAGUGAGGGAAGAAUAUGGAGACAAAGUAAAAAUGAGACCCUGGAGUCGCAGCCCAUUACGACAGCAGAGAGACAAGGUUGAGCAAGGAGAUAGCAGGAAACCAGUAAAAGAAGAGAAACCAGAAGAGAGAGAUCCUCUUUCAGACUUGCAAGACAUCAGUGACAGUGAGAGAAAAACCAGCUCGGCAGAGUCUUCAUCAGCAGAAUCUGGAUCAGGCUCGGAAGAAGAGGAGGAAGAGUCUAGCAGUGAAGGUUCUGAGGAAGAGGGAGAGGAAGAGGAGGAGGAGGAGGAGGAGACGGGAAGCAAUUCUGAGGAGGUGUCUGAGCAGUCAGCUGAAGAGGUGAGCGAAGAAGAGAUGAGCGAAGAGGAGGAACGGGAGAAUGGAAACCACGUCCCAGUUGUUACAGAGUCGAGGUUUGACCGAGAUUCAGCAGGGAGCGAAGUGGAAGAGGAGGAAGUAGGGGAGGGCACUCCUCAUUCCAAUGCAAUGACGGAAGGAGACUAUAUUCCUGACUCACCGGCUUCCUCCCCCAUCGAACUGAAGCAAGAGCUUCCAAAGUAUCUUCCUGCGCUUCAGGGAUGUCGGAGCGUGGAGGAGUUUCAGUGUUUGAACAGGAUUGAAGAAGGAACGUACGGUGUAGUGUACAGAGCGAAAGACAAGAAGACUGAUGAAAUUGUGGCUCUGAAGCGACUGAAAAUGGAAAAGGAAAAGGAAGGCUUUCCCAUUACUUCUCUUAGAGAAAUAAAUACUAUUCUGAAAGCACAGCACCUAAACAUUGUCACUGUCAGAGAAAUUGUUGUAGGUAGCAAUAUGGAUAAAAUCUACAUUGUAAUGAACUACGUAGAACACGAUCUGAAGAGUCUGAUGGAAACCAUGAAGCAGCCGUUUCUGCCAGGUGAAGUGAAAACCUUGAUGAUUCAGCUACUGCGUGGAGUCAAGCAUCUUCACGACAACUGGAUACUUCACCGAGACCUGAAAACUUCCAACCUGUUGCUCAGCCAUUCUGGCAUUUUAAAAGUUGGAGAUUUUGGACUCGCCCGAGAAUACGGAUCUCCACUGAAGCCUUACACGCCAGUGGUUGUGACGCUGUGGUACAGGGCUCCAGAGCUGCUGCUUGGAGCCAAGGAAUAUUCAACGGCGAUAGACAUGUGGUCGGUAGGGUGUAUAUUCGGGGAGCUGUUGACGCAGAAACCGCUGUUUCCAGGGAAGUCAGAAAUUGACCAGAUUAACAAAGUUUUUAAGGAUCUGGGUACUCCAAGUGAAAAAAUCUGGCCUGGUUACAAUGAGCUGCCAGCAGUGAAGAAGAUGACGUUCACAGAAUACCCCUACAACAACCUGCGCAAGAGAUUUGGAGCGCUCCUCUCCGAUCAGGGCUUUGAUCUGAUGAACAACUUUUUGACGUACUACCCAGCCAGGAGAAUUACUGCCGAAGACGGUUUGAAGCACGAGUAUUUCCGAGAGACUCCCCUUCCCAUUGACCCCUCCAUGUUCCCCACCUGGCCAGCCAGAAGUGAGCAGCAGAGGGUGAAACGUGGCACCAGCCCGCGCCCGCCCGAGGGGGGCCUGGGCUACAGUCAGCUGGGCGACGAUGAUCUGAAAGACACGGGUUUUCAUCUGACCACCACCAACCAAGGAGCAUCUGCUGCAGGACCCGGUUUCAGCCUCAAGUUUUAAACUCAGCAUCGAAGGGGAACAAAACCCACACAAAAAAGAGAACUGCUCAUGUGAGUGGAGCAUCGACUGCCCCAGUUCUGUUCUUCACCUCGGGGAGACUGGAUGUUUGUCAGAGGGAGAAAGUCAAAUGUCACGGCAGAUUCAAAGGCUCUUGCUGGGUGGGGUGUAACUGCUGCAGUCCUCGAGAGGCCUGGAAUUACCCCGACAAGCCAAGGAGCAUUACAAAAUCUGAUAAAGGAAAACUUGAAGUACAAACCUGG